AUGCCGUCGAAGGACUUUGUCAGCCACCACGGUCACAGCGGGGUCAAGUGCUCCAUCAAGGCCAACGAGGGUCUCCUGUACUUCUUGGAUAAGAGCUUGAUCUUCGUUCCUAAGCCUGCGACGUACAUCCAGAUUGAGAACAUUGCCGUCAUCACCAUGUCUCGCGUUGGCGGCGCCGUGUCGGCCAGCCGAACGUUCGACAUUACAGUCACCUUGAAGGCCAACGCCGGAUCGCAUCAAUUCAGUAACAUUAACCGGGAGGAGCAACAACCCCUGGAAGAGUUCUUCAAGGCGAAGAACAUCCGAUUCAAGAACGAAAUGACGGAAGAUACCUCGGCAAUUCUCAAGGCCGCCCUGAACAACGAAGAUAUGGGAUCCAGCGACGACGAGGGUGUCCGACCCGACCGUGGCUCUGCCGACGAAGACGAGGAGUCGGUUGACGAGGACUUCCAGGCCGACACCGAGUCGGACGUUGCCGAGGAGUUCGAUUCGGAACACGAGAGCAGCGGAAGCGAUGCCGAGAUGGAGUAUGCAUCCGGCGGCGACGACGAUGACGGUGAUGUCGACAUGGACGACGACGAAGAGACGCGACCAAAGAAGAAGUCAAAGGUUGGGAAAUAA